AUGGAAUCUUCAUCAACAAGAAGGGAAACUGGAAGUUGUAGUAAAGAACAACCUCCAAGAAAGCUGAAGGCUGUGAAAUCGUGUCUGGUGUGUAAGAUCUCUUCCUGUAAAACUCACCUGGAGUCUCAUUUGAGAGUGUCAGGAUUACAGAAACACAAACUGAUUGAUCCUGUGAAGAAUCUGCAGGAUUAUAUAUGUCAGAAACAUGACAGACCUCUGGAGCUCUUCUGUAGAGAUGAUCACACAUGUGUGUGUAUGUCCUGCACUGAAGUAGAUCACAAGAACCACAACACUGUUCCUAUAAGAGAGUCUGAAUUUCAGGAGAUGAUGGAGAACCAAAGAGCAGCGCAGAAACACAAUAAAGAUAUCAUUAAAGAUCUGAAGAAGGAAAUCUCUGAGCAGGAGUUGAUGAUAGAGAAUCAGAAAGCAGCAGAGAAACAGAAUGAAGAUGUUAUUAAAAAUCUGAAGGAGGAGAUCACUGACCUGGAGAAGAGAAACACUGAGCUGGAGAAGAGAAACACUGAGCAGGAGAAAAGAAACACUGAGCUGAAGAUAAGAAACACUGAGCUGAAGAAGAGAAACACUGAGCUGGAGAAAAGAACCACUGAGCUGAAGAUGAGAAGCACUGAGCUGGAGAAGAGAAACACUGAGCUGGAGAAAAGAAACACUGAGCUGAAGAUGAGAAACACUGAGCUGGAGAAAAGAAACACUGAGCUGGAGAAGAGAAACACUGAGCUGGAGAAAAGAAACACUGAGCUGGACAAGAGAAACACUGAGCUGGAGAAGAGAAACACUGAGCUGGAGAAGAGAAACACUGAGCUGGAGAAAAGAAACACUGAGCUGAAGAAGAGAAACACUGAGCUGGAGAAAAGAAACACUGAGCUGAAGAUGAGAAACACUGAACAGCAGCAGAAGAUCUCAAACACUGAAGAUCAUCUCCUCCUCAUACAGGAAAAACAUCAGAAACACUUGAGUCAUCAGCAGAAGUCUUCAUCUGAGCGUUCUUUUAAAUUCUGGUUCCUGGUUGUGGGAGUCCUGUUUGUGUUGUCUGCUUGUUUUAUUCAGACUUACCAUCACAUACAACGCCGUGAAGCUGAGAUCACUGAAUUGAAGAAGAGAAACAAUGAGCUGGUCUUAGAGAUGCAACGCUGCAAAGCUGAGAUCACUGAAUUGAAGAAGAAAAACAAUGAGCUGGUCUUAGAGAUGCAACGCCGUGAAGCUGAAAUUACUCAACUGAAGAUAAAAAACAAUGAGGUGAACUUACACUUCCGACGCUGUGAAGCUGUGUUGAAAUCGAAGAUGAAGGAUUAUUCAUCCGCAAUGUGUCAAUGGAUUACUUUUUUCACUGGAUGUGGAUCUGGACCCUGAUACAGCUCUGUCUCUGAGAGUGAAGCCAUCUCAUAAGAUCUCAUAUCUACUCAAACACAGAUAAAUCUUUCACUGUGAAACUCUGUCCAUGUUUUAA